AUGUUUGGGCUCCGGCAGUCCAAGAUGCUAGCAACGACCCUGGUGGCAGUCUUGCUCAGCAGCUUCAUCCCUUCUGUAUCCGCACUCAGAGUCGCAUCUGGCUCAUCAUGUACGGACGUUUGCAGCAAAUGGGGUUCGGCGACCAACACAACAGCUUCUGAAAUCUCAUGCCUGGAUACUUCGUACAACAGCACAACAAAAGGCGAAGACUUCAAGGACUGCAUCUCUUGCGAAUUGAACAGCACGUACGUGGAUAGUGCGACUGGAGAAACCGAUGUCAACUGGGGCCUUUUCAAUCUGCGAUAUGCCCUCUCGACCUGUGUCUUUGGGUACCCAUCAUCCAUUUCCAAUACCUCUUCACCUUGCCCAGUUGCAUGUGGUACAAUCCAAGAUGCUAUCCAGUACGACAUCACGGACCCUACGGUGAACAACAUCGGCUUAUGGUGCGAUACCGCGUCCUUCGCAGACAAUGUGAUCAGCGUCUGCGAGUUUUGCUACAGUCUCACCUGGAACCAGCUCUUUUUGACAAACUUCCUCGAAUCCAUCCGAUACAACUGUCACUAUCCCACAACAAGUGGUGAUGACUUCGCCAUCUCCCCAACGAGAAUCUUCUCUGACGAUAUUCUCCCCUCCACAUUAUCCAUGAGCCAUACCAGUUCCGGCCUCUCAAAGACCGAUCUCAUUCUCGUGAUCGUGAUCCCCAUCCUAGCCUUCAUCAUCCUGUGCUGUGGUAUCGGCACAUGCUGCUUCUUCUUCAUCCGUUACCGAAGAAAGCGCUCUCGCGAGAACAACUACCAAGACCACUUGUACGCUCGCUGGAACGACACCACCAUCACAACACCCACCCCGGGUCAAGAUGGAUUCGACCAGCAGAAGUACACCGAUUACCAGGCAUUUGCCCAGAUGCAUGCUGCCGGAUACGGACUGCACUCAGGUUUCAACCAGGAGCAGUAUGGACAGGCGCACGAGAUGUACGGAAUCAAGAAUAAGGGCUUCCAGGAACAAACAAACGAGAUGGUUGUUCCGGCUCCGUACACCGAUAAUGAACAGGCUCCCCAUAAUUUUGGCAUAGACCAGAAACAUGCUAUGUGA